AUGCCCACGUUUUUGGGAAACGUAUCUGACCAACAAACCUUGAACAACAUUGAAACAUAUGCCUGGCCAUUGGUUUACGAGCUUGCGCCAUAUAUCGCCGGUACGCGUGGCCAGUCGACACCGGGGCUAUUCAACAACACGCUUUACGAUGUUUUGGCGAAGAAUAACGGAGUCGGAGAGGUUCAAACAAAUGCAACGUCCGCUAACGUGACAUGUGGGUUUCUACCCAAUACAACUAUUCAGGCCACCAAGAAUAACAUAGUGAACACAACAAUGUUCGGCACCGUGGCUAAUUCAUGGAAUGUGGAAGCUGUAUAUAACUCGUACAGCGUAUCAUUCGAAUUCUCGCAGAUGUUGAAUAAUACCAUCAUAAAACUGUCGUCGGGCUGGAAUUUGGGAGGAAGCGGCGUCUCAACGAAUUGUCCACAAGGGCGCGAUAUCCUAUUUGUUGUAUCAGCCAACGUCUCAGAUAGUAAUGGAGCUUUCAAAAGCUCAGUCAAUUUUCCUAAGGACUAUCCAUUGAUUUCCAAUACAACGCUACUUUAUGAGAUCAGCCUCAUCGGAUGUACUCUGUCAUGGUCACAGCAGACAGCGCUCGUUGAUGUGCAGACCAAUGAGCUAGUCGGCUUGGAGCCGAGUAGUACUAAACUAUCUUCAAUAUGGAAUACAUGGGAACCAACGAAACCAUACGGAGACUGUACAGCACUGGGGUUUAGCCUUGCGGAUCAGCAUGUCGACCUGUGGGCAGCCAUGUUCAAUAAUGCACCGGAGUGGCUAGGUCUCGGCACAUUCUAUGGGCAAGAAUCAUUUUUGGACGGUAGUGGCUACACCAACAAUGCACCUGACAUUGUUGAGCAGAAUCUCAUGGAAUCAGUUGGCCUGUUUCCUGGUACUUCCAUACAGACUACGGUUACUCUUGAUCGAUUCGAGAAUGCAUUGGCAAACCUCACAGCAUCAUUAUACUGGGCAGAAUCCAGGAUUUUACCAAGCAUGCGAAGCUACCAAAUGGGCAUGCAGCAACUAAAUUUAGCUAACAAUGGUCUCUUCAGUGUGGUAAAUGGGAGUGUAGUUGUUACUCAACUGGCAGCACGUCUGAAUCUGAAUAUCCUACCAAUCUCCAUGGGACUUGCAGCGUCUUUUGUGCUGUUGGUCCUAUCAGUUCUAUUGACCCGUGGCAAGCGCGACGACGACAUUGCUGUGCAAUCAUUUGGUAUCCUUGACCUUGCUUGGCUCAUCUCAAAGCAGUAUGAGCUGCGAGAGAUCGUUGGACGGGUGGAGAAUCCAACAAUAGACAACCUACGAGCUGCAGGCAUGACACCAGUUAAUAUUGUCAGGAGGAAGACCUACAAAGAAAAUAUAUACAUGGGAUUAGACUUGGAUCAAAACAAUUCAUCUACUACGAUUGUUGGCUAA